AUGCUCACGAUCGCUCAGAAACUCGACUACAUCCCUGCGUUAGCGUCUGUCGCGCUCACCUUUGUGUGGGCGGUCUUGACUCUCGCCUUUCGCGCGCCAGAGUAUCCCACGCACUGGCUGCUGCACAUUGGCUAUGCCGUCUUUCGCAAGCUGACGUCGCGUCUGUCGGUGGCUCAGAUGCAAUAUGUCCUCCCUGCAAGCAACCUCGUGUACAACCGCUAUAUCCGCUCUGUGCGACAGAAGCCCCUGACAGUGAAACUCGAUCAUGGCGCAAUGGGCCAUUGGAUUGGUGAUCCUGGCGCGAAGAACAUCCUAGUCUGGUAUCACGGCGGCGGCUUUGCUCUCCCUGCAAAUAUUGGCUACUUCAAAUUCUUCGCCAACAUUGUCGCCGACUGCGAACGUAGUGGCAAAUCGCUUGGAAUAUUUGCAUUGACGUACACUCUGGCACCCGUGGCAACGUAUCCCACGCAAUUGCGACAGGCGGUUGAGGCUUUGCGCUACGUGCUCGUCGAGAAGCGUCACCCCAUAGGCAAUGUCAUGCUUGGUGGCGACUCUGCUGGAGGCAACCUGGUCUGCGGUGUUCUGUCGCAUCUGGCGCACCCUCACCCCGAAAUCGAUGCCAUCAAACUCGGUAAAAAUUCCCGCCUGGCCGGGGCUGUUAUGAUUGCCCCCUGGACACACUUGCAACCCGACCACAGCGACCGCGUUGUCGACUCACGCGGCGACCUGAUUACCCCAGUUGUUGGGUCAAUCUGGGGAGCCGGGUAUAUCGGCGACGCGCCAAACGAUUUCUACACUGAUCUUUCAAAUGCGCCACCAGAGUGGUUUGCCAAGUUCCCCAUUCGCAAGAUCCUUGUGUGUGCUGGCGAGCGCGAGAUUCUCUUCCCAAUAAUCGAGGAUCUCGUCGCGAAGCUGCGCGGGAGCUUCAAGGGCAGCGUCGACUUUUGUAUUGGCAAAGGCGAGGGCCAUGUUGCGCCGGUCUACAAUUUAUAUCUCGGUGACAAGAGGGAGACGCAGCAGGGCGCAAGGGCCCAGAAGUUUAUUAGGGAGUUGUUGGAGAAGAACUGA